CAUGCCCCUCACCAGGCUAAAAGGGUGGGGUGUUUCCUCCUCUGAGGGUUGUCCAAGACCAGAGUGCUCCUGACAGCAGUCUCUCGAGUUCUCAGCUGCACUCCACUCUGGAAGUUCUUCCUGUCCAACCUCUACCCGACUCCCACCCCCUCACCCCCCUCACCGCAGGGCUUUGGCAUGCCACGGUUCAGGUACUCAUGCUGUUUGUAUGAGUCAGGGAAGCUGGGAACGCCAGCUGAGGCAUGCGGCCCCGCCUCACAGCCACACCAGCAGAGACGGGUGGGAGGCUGGGAGGGAAAGUUGCCAGCAGCAAGUGGGUUGGACCGGGGGCUCAGUGAUAGAGGCGUCAGUGGAUUGGCCACGUCAUAUAAAAUUGACCUGACCUUGUAGCCCGAGAGGAAGGGCAAAAGAGGAAGGCUUGGUGAUUCUCGGCAAUGUCUGUUAUUUUGAGAAAAGGCUUCGGCAACAAACUUCAGAAAAAAACCUCCCAAACCCUGGGCAACUGGGGUUCUGAUGUGGAGCUCUGGAUGGAAAGCGUGCUGAAGUCUGGUAGAAUCUAGCAAGCUUUUGUUUGCAGGUCCACCGCCGAAGGCGCACAGGCCUGUAGGAACACGAGCGUUGAGACGGGUCUAGAUGAUCCAAGGGCUCAGACCUCAGGCACAUGCGAAUGACCCGGAGUGUGGACAACGUCCAGUUCCUGCCCUUUCUCACCACGGAAGUCAAGCUAAGGUCAUUCAGACUAAAUCAACCCAGUGUCUCUCCUACCCACUCACCAUUGCUACCCUUCUCACCUCUGCCUCCUGGUGCCUCUAUGGGUUUCAGCUCAGAGAUCCCUACAUCAUGGUGUCCAACUUUCCAGGAAUCAUCACCAGCUUUAUCCGCUUCUGGCUUUUCUGGAAGUACCCUCAGGAGCAAGACAGGAACUAUCGGCUCCUGCAAACCUGAGGCUGCUCACCUGACCCCUGGGCACCUAAGUGCCAACCUGAACCAAAGAGAGCUCCUUGUUUCAGCUGGGCCUGCUGUCCAGCUUCCCAGGUGCAAUGGGUUGUGGGAACAAGAGAUGACUUUGAGGAUAAAGGGACCAAAGAAAGAGCUUUACUUAGACGAUUGGUUGGGGCCUAGGAGAUGAAAUCACUUUUAUUUUUUAGAGAGAUUAUUUUUUUUAAUUUUGGAGGUUGGGGUGAUAUGUUUAGAAUAUGCCUUAAAAUAAAGUGUUCCCCACCCCUGCC